UAUUUUUACCACUUGCAGGGGAGAGCCUGGGCCAGUGGUAGGCAUUUUUAAAGGGCUAGUGGCCUGAGCAAGGCUGGUUUAAGUGAGGGGAGAGUUCCUUGGGUCUCUUCUAGUUCUUGAAUCUGUGUUUGGCUUGGGGAUGCCUAAUAGCUUCACUGUUCCCCUUUCUGACAACCAGCCCCUUUUCUCCUCUUGAUCCACUUUGAGUGAAAUACGAUGGGUCGAGCAGAUGAACAGAACUAAGGGACUUUUCUCUGUCUCGGCCUCUUGAGUUGCAGCAGGCCCUAUGGAUUUGGGCCCAUAUGCGCUUCCCCAGGCCGGGUCCCACCCUUGGCCCAUCAGCAGCUCCGCAUUUCUGCCUGGCUCCCAACAGGGUGCCUUGGGAAUGUGGAGAUGUUGGGGAGGAGAGUGGACUUAAGGAAGGGGAGGCGAAGGGAGAGGGAAGAAAGAAGGGCCAUGGAUUGGAGAGGGUAUCGGAGUUCUCAAGGGAGUAAGGGCUGCCCGGGCAGCAGCUCACGGCGCCCCUUCUCUCUGUCUGUACCCGCGUGUGUUGCCUCGGCGGCGCGGGCAGCGAGCGAUGUGCCCCAGGACGGGCUGCUUCUGCACGGCCCCUUCGCGCGCAAGCCCAAGAGGAUCCGCACGGCCUUCUCGCCCUCGCAGCUGCUGCGCCUGGAGCGCGCCUUCGAGAAGAACCACUACGUGGUGGGCGCCGAGCGGAAGCAGCUGGCCGGCAGCCUCAGCCUCUCGGAGACGCAGGUGAAGGUGUGGUUCCAGAACCGGAGGACAAAGUACAAGCGGCAAAAGCUGGAGGAGGAGGGACCCGAGUCCGAGCAGAAGAAGAAGGGCUCCCACCACAUCAACCGGUGGCGCAUCGCCACCAAGCAGGCCAACGGGGAGGACAUCGAUGUCACCUCCAAUGACUAGGGUGGGCAGCCAGCCACAAACCCAGGAGAGCAGAGUGCUGCCAGGGCCCUCGGCGGGCCCACCUGGACUCUGGCCGCUCCCCGGCCCAGCUGCCCAGCUGCGGGGAAGCCUCAAGUCACGGCCCCAUAGGGCUCGGAGCCUGGGGCAACAUCGACGGAGGGACAAGAAAUGGGCUGGCUGAGGCCUGGGACUGCUCAUCCUCUCCUCGGAGAGCCUGCCUGCCUGCCUGCCUGGGCAGGCCCACAGCCACUGCUGCCUCCCAGCCGUUCUCCAUUUCUCUUUUCCUUUUGAUGCAUUUCUGUUUUAAUUUAUUUUCCAGGCACCCACUAUAGUUCUUAGUGAUUCCCUGUGUUUCCCUUCCCUAUGGGAACAAUAAAAGUCUCUCUCUCAAUGA